AUGGCACCACAUGCUGAACUCUCCAAUGGGUAUUCCCAUAUCUAUGGGAUUCCCCCUCAAGAGAACAAGGACCUGUUGGAGGUUAAUUCUCCCAAUGUGGUCUAUACAGACCGAGAGAUCAAGAGCAAGUAUGUCUACCAUACAACUGCGGUCUCCAAGUCUGGCGGCAGAUACGUUGCCACGCCGAAGGAGACUGCCUAUGACUUCAAGGUUGAACGGAAAGUGGGGAAGGUAGGCCUCAUGUUGGUCGGCUUAGGCGGUAAUAACGGUUCGACCGUUACUGCCAGCAUCAUUGCCAACCGUCGUGGUUUGACCUGGGACACUCGCGAAGGGCCUAAGACUGCCAACUACUAUGGCUCAGUCGUCAUGGCGUCGACCAUGAAGCUAGGCAAUGAAGCGAAGACUGGUGACGAGAUCAAUAUUCCUUUCCACGACGUCAUGCCUAUGCUUCACCCUAACGACCUGGUCAUUGGAGGUUGGGAUAUUAGCAGCAUGAACGUUGCCGCAGCCAUGGAUAGAGCUGCUGUGUUGGAGCCCUCUCUAAAGAACCUUGUUAGGAAGGAGAUGGCCGAGAUGAAGCCGCUACCUAGCGUUUACUAUCCGGACUUCAUUGCUGCUAAUCAGGGUGAGCGCGCCGACAAUGUCAUCGAAGGAUCCAAGGCUAGCAUGGCUCAUGUCGAACACCUUCGAAGCGAUAUCAAAAACUUCAAGCAGAGUCAUGGCCUUGACAAAGUCAUUGUGCAAUGGACUGCGAAUACCGAGCGCUUCGCCGAUGUCGUCGAAGGCGUCAAUGACACAGCCGACAACUUAAUGAAGGCCGUCGAGCAAGGUCAUGCAGAGGUUUCACCCUCCACCAUCUUCGCCAUUGCAUGUAUUCUGGAGGGUGUCCCCUUCAUCAAUGGAUCUCCUCAAAACACCUUCGUUCCAGGUGCUAUUGAACUUGCUGAGAAGCAUGGUGCCUUCAUUGGUGGCGAUGACUUCAAGUCUGGUCAGACGAAGAUGAAAAGUGCCCUUGUCGACUUCAUGAUCAAUGCUGGUCUCAAGCUCACUUCCAUUGCCAGCUACAACCACCUUGGCAACAAUGAUGGCCUGAACUUAAGCUCCCAGAAGCAAUUCCGAUCCAAGGAAAUCUCCAAGUCCAAUGUGGUCGAUGACAUGGUUGCUGCAAACAGUGUGCUCUAUGAGAAGGACGAGCAUCCCAAUCAUACUGUCGUCAUCAAGUACAUGCCGGCUGUAGGUGAUAACAAGCGUGCAUUGGAUGAGUACUAUGCCGAGAUUUUCAUGGGUGGACACCAGAGCAUCAGCAUGUUCAAUUCUUGCGAGGAUUCCCUUCUGGCAUCACCCUUAAUCAUUGACCUGGUGGUUGUGGCUGAGAUGAUGACUCGUAUCUCUUGGAAGCUUGAGGGCGACAGCGAGUACAAGAAGUUCCAUAGCGUGUUGAGUGUGCUUAGCUAUAUGCUUAAAGCUCCCUUGACUCCGCCAGGCACUCCUGUUGUUAAUGCACUUGCCAAACAGCGCAGUGCAUUGACCAAUAUCUUCCGUGCCUGCAUUGGUCUUCAGCCUGAGUCCGACAUGACUCUUGAACACAAACUCUUCUAA